AUGCUGUCGAUACCUCUCGCUCUUGCCUUUGCCAGCAGAUUCUCGAGCAGUGCACGGAACGGCACGACGACGACUGUAACACCCGGGUCGUCCAGACAAGCCGGCACCAUGAACAACAUACUCUUGCCACCGCCCGUCGGUAGCACCACGACCAACGGCGUCUGCCCAGUACUGUUUGCUACAGACAGCAGCGACUCUCGCUGA